AGCCUCGCCUUUUGUUUCUCCAAAGCAGAAGACACUCCGUGAUCUCUGACUUCUCUCCACCGUGGAACCUCCCUCCACCUAAAUCCCCGCCGCCGUAAAAACAUCCGCCUCCGAUCCAAAUGAAGCGCAAGAAGUGGUCGGAGCAGGAGGAACAAACCCUCCUAUCCAAGUACUCUGAACUACUCCGCUCCGGCACCCUCGCUAAGCUCAAGACCCGCGAGAAGAAGUUCAAACCCGUCGCCGACCACGUCAACUCCCUCCACCACCAUCGCGAUCCCUCCGCCUUCCCUUUCACGUGGUCAUGGCGCGACGUAUCCAUCAAGGUCCAGAACAUGCGCCACCAGUACCUCGGCGUCAAGCAGAAGAUCCAAGGUCUCUCGCCUCACUCUUUCAACUGGUCCGAUGGUCUCAAUCACUGGGAGAAUUUUCUUUAUUACAAGGAAGUCUUCGGCGAUAUUCCGUCGUCCUCUUCGAUUGCGAGAAACGGUUCUAAUUCUGCGGUUUCGUUGCGUAGCCUUGGAUUUUCGGGUUCUGAUGAUGAUAUUAUUGAUGAAGAUGAUGAUUGUGAUGAGGAUGAGGAGGAGUGUGAGUGCGGUGGUAAUGAUUUUGAUGAUGAUUCCGGGGAAGAGGUGAGGCGGAUUGGGGGUAUUGGCGUUAGGGUUUUGGAGCUGAGGGAGGCGGUGGCGAAGAGGGAGGAGAGGAGGAGGGAGAGAGAGUUUCGGAGGGAGAAGGAGGAGGCGGUGGCGGAGAGAGAGCGGGAGAAGCGGAGGAGGGAGGGGGAUGAUAGAGGAGUUGAGGUGGAGGUGGAAUCUGAAUUGGAGGAGAGGCGGUUGCGGUGGGCGAGGAGGGAGGUGGCAAGGAGGGCGAGGCUGGAGAGGGAGCUGGAGGAGGAGCGGAGGCGGCGGAAGAGGGCGGAGGAGAGAAUGGAGGAGGAGGAGAUGGAGUGGAGGGAGAGGAUGGUGGCAAUGCAGGUUGAGCAUGAGAAGCAGAUGAUGCAGAUGCAUGUUGAUGCUUGCCAGAACCAGAUGCAGAUCCUUGGGAUCAUGGCCAGGAUACUAUGCCAGUUCUUUGGCUCUGGGAGUGAUGGAUUGGGUGGUGGCAGCGGCAGCGCCACUGGCAGCGGCUUGGCAGCGUUGCCCUCUCAGGUGUUGCAGAAUUUGCAACACACUGGGGAGUUGGGGAAUGUAAAACCGGAUGCUAAUUCGCCUUCGGAAUUUAUGUAAAAAAGGAUUGAAGCAGAGUACUCUGUUCAAUAUACUUCAUGGAUGUUGUCAACGUGAAAAAGAUGAAAAUGAAUAUUUCAUUGUAUCGCCAGGUCCUUUUUGUGUUGUUGAAAUUAUAGGUACCAUUUAACUGGAGGCAAUUUUAUUCGAGGAAAUCCUCUAAUUCUUGAUUCUGAUGAUUGUUUAUCAUACCAUGUGUUUAAGCUUUCUUGAUUGUGAAGGGAAACUCCUACUUUGGGGAGGGGAAAUGCGGGAAGAUGUUGACAGCUGCCCAACCAAGUGCUGAGUGAGAAAGUCUCAUGAUGAGCUCACUUAACAUAUUUAUGACUCGGUUAAUAUAAUUCUAUUUCAUUAGAGUUGAGUAGAUGAGGCUCUAGCCUGUAUGGUGAAGCCUGCUCAAUACAUUUUUGAAAGGAAUAAGCGUAUGAAACAAAGAUCAGAAUGCAGAAAUCAGAGUUUACACUUAAAAUUCCCAGUUAAGUGUGAACUGGUGAGUAAUCAUAAUAUGUGAAUGUGGAAAAUUUAUGAUCUUUUGGUUUACAUUAAAGCACUAACUAGUGACAUGUUGGUUUGCUGGUCUAUCAUCUUGUACGUUAUUUUUGGGUCUCUAACUAAUGAGCAUUGCAUAUUUGCA